ACCCGGAAGAGACGUGGCAGCGGAGGGAUAAUCGGAGCGGCCRGAGCUGAAGCGGGCAGAGCGGGAGCUACGAAGAGCGCAAUCCCUGUCCUUCCGCGCCUCGAAUCACCGCUCGCGCACGUCGGGACCGGUGCCGCGGCGGAUCAGUAACUUCGAGAGUGGGGGGGUCGGUCAUGGGACUUUGCAAGUGCCCCAAGAGGAAGGUGACCAACCUGUUCUGCUUUGAACACCGAGUCAACGUCUGUGAGCACUGCCUGGUAGCCAAUCACGCCAAGUGCAUCGUCCAGUCCUACCUGCAGUGGCUACAAGAUAGUGACUACAACCCCAAUUGCCGCCUGUGCAGCACACCUCUGGCCAGCCGAGAGACAACCCGCCUUGUUUGCUAUGAUCUCUUCCACUGGGCCUGCCUCAAUGAACGUGCAGCCCAGCUACCCCGAAAUACAGCACCUGCUGGCUAUCAGUGCCCCAGCUGCAAUGGUCCCAUCUUCCCUCCAAGCAACCUGGCUGGCCCUGUGGCCUCUGCACUGAGAGAGAAGCUAGCCACAGUCAACUGGGCCCGGUCAGGACUGGGCCUCCCUCUGAUUGAUGAGGUGAUAAGCCCAGAGCCUGAGCCCCUCAAUUCCUCCGACUUCUCUGAUUGGUCCAGCUUUAAUGCCACCAGUACCCCCGGACAGGAGGACAUAGACAGUGCUUCCGCUGCCCCAGCCUUCUACAGCCAGGCUCCCCGACCCCCUGCCUCUCCCAGUCGACCCGAGCAGCACACGGUCAUCCACAUGGGCAAUACUGAGCCCUUGACUCAUGCCCCAAGGAAGGUGUAUGACACGCGGGAUGAUGACCGACUACCUGGCCUCCAUGGGGAUUGUGAUGAUGACAAGUACCGCCGCCGGCCAGCCCUGGGCUGGCUGGCCCAGUUGCUCAGGAGCCGGGCUGGGUCUCGAAAGCGGCCGCUGACCCUGCUCCAGCGGGCGGGGCUGCUGCUACUGUUGGGCCUUCUGGGUUUCCUGGCCCUCCUCGCCCUCAUGUCUCGCCUGGGCCGGGCUGCUGCUGACAGCGAUCCCAAUCUCGACCCACUCAUGAACCCUCAUAUCCGUGUGGGUCCCUCCUGAGCCCUUGCUUGUGGCUGGGCCAGCCUAGGACCUGGGAUCCUAAGGAGGGGAGGCAGGGAGGCCAGGAGUCUCUUUUCCACUCCUCUCCUUCAAGCCUGAGACACUAAGAUUCCUGACCCAAGGCCAAGGCCACCAGAGUGGCUACAGGCUAGGUCAGGAGUCAUGYAGGUCAAGCAUUUAUCUUAACCUACUUCCCCCUGGGUCUCCAGCCUCCCACCCUCCUCCCUUGAAGGAGCUGACAGGUGCAAAUAAAUAACAGACUUUAU